AUGUUGCAGGUGCCGAUGCUGUUAGGGGAGGUAGCUGUGAGAUUCUCGGAGGCUGAGAAAGCUCCAUCAGGCUUCGAGCCCCAGCCGUGCACUGUGGCCAAGGAGGAAGAUGAUGGAGAUGCCCACUUGCCGGGCCAGGGGUGGCUGACCAUAAAUCAGGGUGAGAAAUCUGCACCAGAAAAUUCAGACAGAGAUGGAUUAUUUGGAACACCUACAGAAAACGCAGACAAAACUGGCCCUCAGUGUUGUGAUCAGGAAAAUGCCCUCUAUGAUCAGCCGAGAGUAGAGUUCCAGCAAGAAACUGACCUGGGGAAGCUCAUGGAUGGAUCUGUUCCUUAUGGAGGGUCUUACAUAGAUCUGGGAGGAAUGACAGUCCAGCAGAGGAGCCAUACCAGCAAGAGACACAGCGCCUAUGGUGCUUAUGGGAAGAGCUUCUGCCACAGCGGGAGUUCCCUGAAAUACAAGCGCAUGCGCAAGAGAGGAAAGCCCCACAACUGUUUGGUGUGUGGGAAGUGUUUCCUUUACAGCUCUGGCCUCGCCACCCAUCAGCGCAUCCACACCGGAGAGAAGCCAUACAAGUGCUCGGAGUGCGGGAAGACCUUCAUCUGCAGCUCGGACCGCAACCGCCAUCAGAGGACUCACACGGAAGAGAAACCGUAUGAGUGCACUGACUGUGGGAAAAGCUUCCGACAGCGGUUCAGCCUCAGCAGGCACCGCAGGGUCCAUACUGACGAGAACCCGUAUAUCACAUCCUCCGAAUGUGGGGAAAGCUCCGUUAUGAGCUGA